AUGCCGUCAAACGUUAUGAUUGUUUUUUGUGUUGAUAACACAACAUUGAUGGAGUCUAAUGUUAUUAAAGUUCAUGAAAUGAUUUUAAACAUUUCCAAAGAAUUUAAAGACAAAAAUAAUCUCUAUAUAUGUAUUAUUACGCUCGACGCAAGCAGUCGACAGUGGUUUCAAUUGCAAUCUGGAUUUACUAAUACAAUGUCAGAUGUUGAACGAUUUUUAAGAAAUAAUAAGCCUGACAAUAUCUAUUCAAGUGGGGGAAUACCUGUAGGGGACUUAUUACACAAUGCACUUUAUGUCAAUUGGCCGUUCAAUGGCGAUAAUCAAACCUUUAAUAAAAAACUUGUUGUUUUAAUAACUGAUGGCGUUCCGAAUGGUCUUUUCUCCAAACUGGUUGGUGAAGAUCCUUGGGCAAAGUCCAAGAAGUUUCGCGAGCAUAAAAUCACAUUGGCUGUUGUUGGUGUUGGAAACGGUAAUUUUGGAUGUGACGUCUUCUAUUCUGAAUUAGCUAAAAAUACCGGCUGCUUGUUCCACUUUGGUCAGUGUAUUUGGCGUCACCUUCAAAGUCUUGGGUUACAAAAAAAAUAUCAAGAGGAUAAGUAUUUUCACUGGAAUGUAAGAAAACUUCUCGCUUUAGCCUUUGUUCCUGUUGUAGAUGUGAUUAAAGCAUUCGAAUUCAUAGCCGAUGCUUUCAACGACGACGAUGAAGAUUUCAUCGAUUACUUCGAAAAAACAUGGAUUGGCGAGCCGAAAAAGAGAGGUGUUGGUCGAAAAAAUCCACUAUUUACAAUCGAUCUGUGGAAUGUUUAUGAUAGGGAAAGUGCAAAUCUUCCUCGUUCUAAUAAUUCUAUUGAAGGGUGGCACAAUGCAUUCGCCAAACGUGUUUCCAUCGCUCAUCCAACGAUCACAAAACUUACCGAUAAGAUUCGCCGCGAACAGUCGAAAUUCGAAGUCGAUAUUGCUCAAAUUCGUCAAGGUCAAGAGCCGAAACCGAAGAAAGCAACUUAUCGAAAACUGGACGACAGAAUAAAACGACUGGUCGAUGAUUAUCACAACGUACAUCUCGUCGACUACAUGAAUGGACUAGCUGCAAAUGUAUCUUUAAAUUAUUGUAUUAAUAAACGUCUCUCUACUUUUACAUUGAUUGUGUUACAUUCAAUUAACUAUGCAACGAAUGCUGAACAAAACGAUAUCGAACUAACUCAAUCAUCGAAUGAUUCAUCGAAUAAUGAACAAGCAUUAUUAACCUCUCCGAUAUCAAAUGGUGAAAGUAAACGUUCAUUAUUCAAUGGUGGUAGUACACAUACACUAUCAAAACCUUCAAAUAAUAGUAGUGGCUUGAGUACAAUCGAACGUUUACGCUUAAGUGGUUCACCACUUCGUCUUCUUUCAUCAUCGUCGACAUAUGCACGUACGACAUCAUUUCUCAAAUCGAAUAUGAAUAAUGAUCAUAAUAUGUUUCAAACAUCAUCCGUAAAGCACAGCAAAAGAAAUGCACCGUCAUGGAAAUGA